CGAAACCUUUUGUCCCUCUGACCGUCGCUUCCCCCUCUGAGCCUCUGUAAUCUCACACACACUUUCUCCAAGUUCAAGCUGCUUAGAAAACCUGAGUGCCCAAAAAACACAAAUUUAAAAGGUGAACACCAUAGUUACUUAUUAAAAUUUAAAAUGUGCAAUAAACACACCAAUUUCUUAUGAUUACUUAUAACUGCUCCAUAAUUAUCUAAAAUCUUGUUUUGGGACGAAGAUCUAACGAUCAUUAAAAACUGGAAUUGUUCAGUGGAAACUUUCAUUUUAAUCCCAUAUCGGGUGUGUGGGCCAAGAAUCCGGCCCAAAGGCAUGAUGGUGAUCAGAAAUGUUUCCUAAAAUAAGACUUUCUGUACAGCACAAACUUUUGCUUUUAUUUUGGUUUUACAGGAAAUGACCACAAACAUCCAGAUUCAGGCAAACCUGUUAGUUUAAGUUCAUUAAAACAAAAGUCUUGAAGUGGUCUUGUUGCUGAGAAUUUAAAGAUGUAUAGUUAGCUUCCAAUAAGCUAACUAAUCAAAUUAGAAAUUUAGUUUGGAGAUAAAUAUUUAGCCUAACUAAAUAGUGAGUUUAAUAUUUAGCUUGCAAACUAAAUAGUUUCCUUUAAACUAGUCAGCCAGAUAUUUACUGAGCAAGCUAAAUAUUUAGCUCACUUAUUAAACAGCUAAAUACUGGGCUUCAAACUAAAUACUGAGUUAAAUGUUGAAGCUAAUCAUUUAGCUUCAAACUAAGUAGAGCUAAACAUUUAGUUAGCAAUCUACACAUUUAGUUAAGCUAAACAGUAUAUUUAGUCAUUUGAAUGGCCAUCAGAGAGCAGACAUGUUUGAACUUUUAAGGUUGUGAUUAGAGAAAAUAUGGUGUCAUUAGCAUCAGAGGUGAGUAGCUAAUCUUUACUUUAGUUACAUUUUGGAAAACGUUUGGAAAUAGUUUUACUGCACUUUACUAUUCUGAAGAAUCUCUACAAACUUUGUUCUAAUGUUAAUUUCUGUCUGCAGAGCCUGAUGUUCCAUUUGGAGACACAGUGAGGAAACUGAACAUCUUGUUCAGACUUGAACUGUAUGAACAUUAUUACUGUAAGUAUCAUUUUCAUCAAGUUUAUACUGAAAACAUUGGUAAAAGUUCUGCUUACAUUUUUUAUUUUGAACAGCAUUAUUUGUAUUAAUGUUUUCAUUUUAGUCUUUAAAGUUUUGUUUUUGUGUAAUGACAUCAUUUUUUAAAAUACUAAAUCAAACGUUAUGAUCCAUUUCUCAGUUGCCUUUUUACCAAAUACUUUUUAUUCGUAGAUGAAUAAUAUGGCUUAUAUGGCUGCUUUUUAUUUUUACUACAGUAAAAUAUGCUAAAGUAUGAACUCGGCCCUCUGAAGGCCAGCUUAUAAAAUACUUUUGAUCUCAUUCAUGAUGUAAAUUAGAUGCAGGUUGUGUAAAAUCCUGUAAGUUAUUUCACAACUUGAACUGGAGUGUUAAAGAAAAGCCGCUCUCACUGUGAAACCAGUUCCUGAUGUUAAAGGCCAAACAGAGGUUUCUACUUUUAAAUCAACUACCAGAGUUUCUCUGAACAGCUUCCACACUUUAGUUUCUGAAAUACAAACAAAUAUUUGGCUUAUUUUCUUUCAUGCAUUUUCUCACAUCUGGACCUGCUUUCAGUGUCAUUUCUCAAUAUAAACCUAAUUAAAAUGCAUAAACGUCCGUCUGAUUGUCAGGUUUUAUGCUUGUAAAAGUUUAGCCUCAUUUUGGGUUUUGUUUUGUUUUUUUGUCAACACUUGUGACACUGUGAGCUGAAACACAUGAGAAGUGCGGCAGGAAAUGUGAUGAACUCGUGUGUCAACAAAGACACGUCAUGAGCCGGGGACUUCCUCUCCGACCAAGUCCCCUCCGAUAAAUCUGUUUUGAAAAACCGCUGAAUCACACGUCACUAAAUCAGCUGCUCCUCACAUCAGAUGUUUCUCUUUAACUCAUAUUCAUAACUCAUUAAAGUGAGAUCAUUCUUCUCUAAGCAUGACUUUAUUUUAUAUUUCAGCAUAAACUCCCACUUCUUUUCAGAUUUCAGAUUUAAUUUAAUCCAAUUUAUUGUAUUUUUCUUACAUUACACACUUUUAUCUGUCUACCUCCCAACAAAAUAAACCUUUAUUUGCCUGAUUUAUUGAAGAAGGUGUAAUAUAUUCAGUAUUGCCACAGAGGUAGACACUUCCCAGUCAGGAGUGUUGAGCAAAUCAAAUGAUGAGAAACAGGAAGGUGAGUUUGAUGGGAGGAGAGUCGACAGAUACAAACUUCGUCUCCUGUCCAGUUGUGACAUAUUUGGAGCCUUUCUGCAGCCAAGACAACAUGUUUACUGAUCCAAACAUGUCGUCAUUUGUUGACGACUUCAGCUCUAUCUACGAAGAGUUGAACUUCACCUACAACUACACGGAGUUCAUCCUGAACCCGGCGACCGAACCCUGCGACAACUUCCGGUUCCCGGAGGUCAUGAUGCUGAUCGCCUGCUUGUUUUACGUCUUCGUCUUCCUGUUGGCCAUACCGGGGAAUCUGGUGGUGGGGUUGGUGAUCGGGCUGAGCAAGCAGGCGCUGACCCCCUCUGACCUCUACCUGCUCCACCUGGCGGUUGCGGACCUCCUGCUGGCCUUCACCCUGCCCUUCUGGGCCACCUCCGUCACCUCCGGCUGGGUGUUUGGGGAUCUCAUGUGUAAAAUCGUCACAGUCCUGCAGGAGCUGAGCUUCUACUCCAGCAUCCUGUUCCUGACCUGCAUCAGCAUGGACCGGUACAUGGUCAUAGUGCGGGCGAUGGAGGCCCGCCGCGCAAACCGCCAGGUGUGCAGUUGGGUUAUCUGCGUCGUGGUUUGGGUUGUCGGUGGGUUGCUGUCCCUACCGGGGUUCUUCAGCUCCGCGUUCCCUUCCCGAAACACAACCCACAUGGUUUGCGCAGUGCAGUACAACCCCAGCAGCGCAGACGAGUGGCGGUUGGGCACCAGAGUCCUCCGCCACCUCCUGGGGUUCGUCAUCCCGCUGGCCGUCAUGCUGCCCUGCUACGGGGUGACCAUCCAGCGGCUCCUCCACGUCCGCGGCGGCUUCCAGCGGCAGCGCGCCAUGAGGGUCAUCAUAUGCGUGGUGGUCGCCUUCCUGCUCUGCUGGACGCCGUACCACCUGGCGGUGAUGGCGGACACCUUCUUCCGGCUGAAGAUCGUGGAGUACGGGUGCCAGGAGAGGACGGCGGUGGACCAGGCCAUGUUUGCCACGCAGAGCCUGGGGCUGCUGCACAGCUGCGUCAACCCGGUGCUGUACGCGUUUGUUGGGGAGAAGUUCAGGAAGAAGCUGCUGCAGAAAAUGAGGAAGAUGGGACUGUUGGAGCGGGCGUCGAUCUCCAGGGCCAGCAGGUCCUCCAUAUCAUCGGAAAUCACAUCAACAGUCAUGUGAAAAUGUUACUUAGAGCUGCAGGAUGAAACUUUUACAAAAGUGUUUUUUACAUAUUUGUUGAAACCUUCACCAUGAUGUGACAGUUUAUGAGACAGAUAAUCUGUGAAUAAGUCAAGCUCCUCCUCGACCCCGCCGGACUUUCUACAAAUUUAUUUACUUCUAGUUGCCUUUAAAACUUCUUUGCCUUUUGUAAAUAAGUUUCCUAUGUGUUGAUGUACAUUUCAUUGUAUUUAUGCUACCAGAAGAAAGGCUUCCUUAACUUAAGCUGGGGACAUUUGUGCAGAACUGGGUAAAAGUACCAAAAAUUAAACUCAAAUAACAUCAGCACUACUUCAACAUUUCUUUACUCAAGUAAAAGUAAAAGUAACCGUCCAAGAAAUUACUCAAGCAAAAAUAAAAAUGUACUUGGUAAAAUUAUGACUGAGUAACGGAUCAAAAAAUUUGAUUUAGUAUUUUUUAAAAAUCAUAUCAUUGCACAAAAAUAUGAAUUUAGGUGAAAAUCCUUUUAUUUUAAGGACAAAUGAAAAUAUUGAUGUGAAUAAAUGAGAAAAUUAAAGAAUAACAAAAAAGCUCUAAGUUUAUCAGUUACUCAAAUACGACUAACUGAUCUAAUUAUUUAAAAAUGACAUCAUCAGACACAUACAAAAUUUAAAUUUAAAACAACACCACUACAAAAUCAGAUUAUAGAAGCAUUUUUACAAAUCAAUUUCUUAAAAAAAACAUAUGAAAUGUAUUUUAAAAAAUGCAGGCGUGUUGGGCAAAGUUUUGGUACACUGAUUUUUACUCAGCUAUGCAUUUGUGUUGCCUCUGUUUUUAUUUUAGCAGAAUUAUAUCUUAGUGAAAGGUGGGAAAACCAGAUCUGUCAACAUUUAGGGUAAGUUGUGAAAAUAUUUCAUAACUAGCUUACAGCAUCACAAUGUCUAGACAGACAAAAUGCUAAAAAAGAAACACCAACAGAUACACAAGAAACUGUGAAAUAGAUGUUGGUCUUUUAUGAAUCUGUUUUUUGUGUAAAUAUAAAAAUAUUUUUUAUCUGCUGUUAUUAUUAUUAAAUAGUUUCAAAUGAAGCUAGAUUGUUGUAUUGUACAUAUUAAAAAUCUAAUUUCUGUAAGGCCGAGAAACUUCAUUAAAGUUGAAACAAGGACU